AUGGGUCUCUUUUCCAUUGAGAAGGAGCCUAGAAUUCAAUCUCUCAUCGACAAGUCGAACGCUAUGAUGGAUGACUACAACCUGCAGAUCAGGACUGUCUUCCUCGCGCUGACUCUUCUGCUGGCGAUCGUUUAUAUUUUCCGUCCUCUGCUCCAGAUUGGGAAGCGAGCCAAAGAUCUUCCGCCAGGUCCACCAACGCUUCCAAUUCUUGGAAAUCUUCAUCAGCUCUCGGGAGUGGGGGAGUACGGCCAUCGUCGAUUUCAGAAAUGGGCGGAAGAAUAUGGGCCCAUCUAUUCCCUCAUCCUCGGCACCAAGACUUAUAUUGUCCUGAACACGGACGCGGCAGUCAAAGAUCUCUUGGACAAGCGAAGCGCGAUGUACUCUUCAAGACCAGAGAUGUACAUGGCGCAUGAUAUUGCAAGUGGUGGUUUGAGGACAGUAACCAUGCCCUAUGGGUCCCAAUGGCGGAUGAUGCACACGGUUACCCACAGCAUUCUCAACAUAAAGGCCGCCACAAGCUAUAUCCCUUAUCAAGACCUCGAGAACAAAUUCAUGCUGGUCAAUCUGCUCGAUCGACCCGAAGAGUUUGAAACUCACAUUAAACUGUUCACUCAUGCCCUCACAACUCAAAUAAUCUUUGGCUUCCGAUUUACUAGCGUUGAAGAUCCUAAAUUCCAACAGUUGUAUCAAGGAUUCAAGAAGUGGACCAUGUUAGUGGGAAGUGCGAGCGCCCAGCUUUUGGAUCUGUAUCCCUUGCUGCGGAGACUGCCCAGGUUCUUGGCUCCAAACUACGAAUAUGCCAGAAAGCUGCACGAAAAGGAGAAAGAGCUGUACCGCAGCCACUGGCUCGCAGCAAAGGAAAGGGCCCUCACCGGCACAGGCAGACCUUGCUUUUGCAACGACCUCCUUAAAGCGCAAGAGCGCGAGAAGUUCGACGACGACCAGGCAGCCUAUAUAUCCGGAUCUCUCCUUGAAGCAGGUUUCGACACCACAGCCUCUACUCUCCAAGGCUUUAUCCUGGCCAUGAUGAUGUUUCCCGAAGUCCAGAAAAAAGCACAACGAGAGCUCGACGAAGUUGUCGGGUCUGAUCGACUGCCAACGAUGGACGACUUGCCUGAACUACCCUACGUGCACGCCUGUGCCAAAGAGAGUCUGCGGUGGAUGCCUACUACGGUCUUUGCAGCUCCUCAUGCGACCACGGUAGACGACCAUUACAUGGGUUACAGAAUUCCAGCCGGGGCUUCUGUUAUCCCCAACGUCUGGUACAUCACCCAGGAUCCCAAACGAACUCCUCACCCGCGAGCUUUUGAUCCGACGCGCCACUUGAACAAUCUAGAGAGCGAGUUCGAGUCCGCCAAGAGCUCCGACGUCGGCAAACGGCAUAAUUUUGUUUUCGGUGCUGGACGGCGCCUAUGCCAGGGGAUGCAUAUCGCAGAACGCUCUCUCUUUCUCGGUGUCUCGCGCAUGUUGUGGGGGUUCGACUUCUCAUUGCCUUUGGACGAGAAUGGCCAGCCCAUCACCAUUCCAGACAUUGACGACUUGAGGGGAGGCGCCGCCAUCACGCCAGCCCCCUUCGAGGCUGUCAUCAAGCCCCGGGCUAAGGAGAGGGCGGACCUGAUGCGUAGAGAGUGGGCGGAUGCCGAGGCCAAGUUUUUGGAUCCACAGACCAAGGAGUGGAAGCACGUACCAGACGGGAUGGUGUUUAGCACGUAUGUGCCGCAACAUGUCGACGUGUGA